AUGUCUUCUGAGAACACAUCUCCGGUCCCGCCGCCCCUGGCGAAGGGCGUACCGAUGCUCAAGAUCUCGAGCAAGAAGAUGAAGCAGGUCAUCAUGCGCUUAUCAGAUGGGUGUAUUACUUGGGCGGGCACAGCCAGCUCUCGAGUACCUAUCAAUCAGAUCCGUGAACUCCGUCUCGGCCAACCGCCCAAUGACGCCGCCCUCACUUCGUCCCGGUGGAUCACCAUCGUCUACGUCCGCGGCAAAGAGUGGAAGAUCCUCCACAUGAUCUCACUCACCGACGACGUGCAUGACCACUGGAUCGAGACGCUUCGGACCCUGGUCGCAGAGACGAGCGACCGCGCUGUUGCCGAGAUCAAGCCGUCGGAUCCGGAUCUAAUCUGGAUACGGCAGCUGUGGCCGGCGGGGAGUAGUACGAUUGAUAUGGGGACGGCGGUGGGGCUGUGUAGGAGCAUUGGGCUUGCCGUGCCCAAGGCUUUGCAGGAGGCGUACAAGGGCCCGCUGAACGUAUCCGACUUUCGACAACUCAUCAAGGAUGCCCAGACCCGGCCAGAACUAGACGCGCUGUACGCCCGCCUCUCCAGCUCCGGACCCUUUGUCAAAGCCAAGGUCGAGCGGUUCUUGUUGGAGACGCAAAAGAUUAGCAACCCAGCGGCGGCGGUCACCAUAUUUACAACCUAUGCAAAAGACGAUCCCACUGCCUGGACUCUUGAUUCGCUCUCGGACUUUUUGGCGAGUCAAGACAACGUCCCCACGCGCGAGAUGGACAUGACUCGUCCGCUAUCCGAGUACUACAUUUCGAGCUCGCACAAUACGUACCUCGUCGGCGAGCAGUGGAGAGGGGAGAGCACGGUGGAGGGGUAUAUCAGGGUCCUGCUUGCGGGGUGUCGAUGCGUUGAGUUGGACUGCCACGAUGGCGAAACCGAGCCAGAGGUCUACCACAAACUCACCCUCACCUCGCGCGUAACGGUCCGCGAGAUCUGCAAGGCGAUCGACAAGUACGCCUUUGUCGCCUCCCCUUACCCCAUCAUCCUUUCGGCCGAGAUCCACUGCAAUCUCUCACAACAAGCCCUCAUGGCUCGGACGAUGCGCGAGAUCUUUGGCGACAAGCUCGUCACUUGCCCCCUUGACGACCGGACCCAACUCCCCAGCCCCGAAGAUCUCCGCUAUCGGGUGCUAUUCAAAGCCAAACCCAAAGCUCCACCUCCUCCCCCACCCUCCCCUAGCGCUAGCGCCAACCUCGCCUCUCCCUCCCCAUCCCGCGAUACCUUCUUCGACAGCCGGGGCUCGGCCAUCACGUCGAGCGAUACCGAGUCGGACUCGCCCACUGCCAAACUCACCAAGCUGGUCCGCCGGAUCAGCUUUGGCGGGAAGAGCGAUACCUCGUCGUCUGGCUCUGGCUCGUCUGCUGCAUCGGCGGAUACCCCAAAGAAGGCAUUCUCGGAUGACCUCAAGGCCUUACUCGUCUAUACCGCCGGGGUCAAGUACGCCGGCUUCUCCAAGCUCAACGUCUACCAACCCAACGAACAAUUCUCGGUAUCGGAUCGAACGGCGGAACGGAUCAUCCGGGAAAACAAGCUCGACUGGGUCAAACACAACAUGACCCACCUUACGCGUAUAUACCCCAAGGGCGCCCGGCUCAAUUCGAGCAACUACGACCCCCGGCCGGCCUGGUCCGCGGGAAACCAGCUCGUCGCUCUGAACUGGCAGACUAUCGACCAGGGGACUAUCCUGAACCACGCCCUCUUUGCGGACUCCCCGGCGCCCGGAUACGUCCUCAAGCCUUUAGCGCUCCGCACCAAGAUCGCCGAAAUGCCCGUCACGGUCCGUAUCCGCAUCGAGGUCAUUUCGGCCCAACGACUCCCGUUGAGCGCGGCGGACCUGUACGUCGAGGGCCAGAUCGACGAGCACGAGCAGGAGACCAAGGUCGUCAAGGGGACAUCGAUGGCGCCGGCGUGGAACGAGACGAUGGAGUGGACGGUCAAGACCGUCCCGUCCCUCCUGGACCUCACUUUUGUGCGGUUGGAUAUUAGGGCAAAAGGGGAGGGGUCGGUCGCGCAGUGGGUGAGACCCAUAGCGGCCAUGCCGAGGGGGUAUCGGUAUUUGCCGCUGUAUGAUGGCAUGUUUUCAAAGUUCGUGUUUGCGACGCUGUUUGUGAAGGUGGAUGUGGAGGUGGUGGAUACCACGGCGGGAGGGAGGAGGAAGUAG